AUGAACAGCUCAGUGCCGGGACCUCUGCUGGUGGAGCACCCUGGAGCGUGCCUGCCCAACAACCCGGCGCAGUUCGUGCUGGUGCCCAUCGUCUACUGCCUGGUGCUGUGUGUGGGGCUGCCGGGCAACCUGGUGGCAUUGCUGGUCUUCCUGCAGAGCGGCAAGGUGAGGAAGGCCAUCCGCAUCUACCUCAUCAACCUCACGCUGGCUGACAUCCUCUUCAACCUCACCCUUCCCCUCUGGAUCCACUACUACCUGGCUGGGGGGGACUGGCUCCUCUCGGAGGCCACCUGUCGCCUGGCAGGGGCCGCCUACUACCUGGCGACCUACAGCGCCAUCACCUUCAUGGCCCUCAUCAGCUUCAACCGGUUCUGCGCGGUGCGGGCGGCGCGCCGGGUGCUGCCGCUGCCGGGGCCCCGCGGCGCCGCUCUGGCCUGUGCCCUGGCCUGGCUGCUGGGGCUGGGCUGUGCCGUGCCCACCCUGGCCACCCACCAGACCUUCCCCACCCCCGCCGGGACCACCGCCUGCUUUGAGCAGCACGGGCGGCAGCGGGGCUAUGCCUACGCCAUGGUGGCUUUCUUCUCCGCCGCCUUCCUGGUGGUGCUGGGCACCUACGCCUCCAUCGCCCGGGCGCUCUCGGUGCCCGCCGCUGCCUCGCCAGGCUCCCACCGGCAGCAGGCCCGUGCCAUGGUGCUGGGGAUGCUGCUGGUCUUUGUUGUCUGUGUUGCCCCCUACCACCUGACGCUCGCCCCCUGGGUGGGUAGCCGGCCCCCCGCACCUCUCUGUGCUCCCCCCGACACCCUGGAUGUGCUGCACACGCUGAGCGUGGCCCUGCUCAGCCUCAACAGCUGCCUGGACCCCGUCAUUUACUGCUUCUCCAUCCGGCGUUUCCGCGCUGACCUGCACCGCACCCUGCGCAAGAUCGGCCGGUGCUUCCCGCUGCCCCCGCCGGCCCCGCCCGGGCCAGCUCCCGCCGCCCGAGCAUCCUCCUUCACCUCCUCCUAG